AAGAAAAGUUCAUAUAUUUUUCUUCUCUCUCUCUCUCUCUCUCUCCUGCUUCUUCCUGUUACCUCCAACGUCCUUCUUCUGCUUCUUCUGCUUCUUCUUCUUCUUCUUUCUUUUACUUUUUCCUCCGUGAUUGUGAUUCUGAACAACAACAUUUUUCCAAAAAAGGGUACCAACUCUUAAAAAUUGCACAAGGGAGGGUCCAAUUGGUUCUCUCCCAUUUUCACAAACACACGCACGCAAAACAAGGCAUCAUUUUUCUCUCUUUCUGAUCCCAAAAUGCGUUUCCCUCUUUCUUUCUUUCUUUCUUUCUUCUCCGUAAUUCAAUGUAACUGAAGUUUUCUUUCCCCCUCAGAUUCCUUCCUUCCCUUCCAUGUUUCUCCGGGUCCAAAGCUUAAACCUUUAAACCUUUUGAAGAUUGAAAAUUUUCUGCAUCACGGAGAUUUCGGGCACCACCCACAAGAGGAAGAAAGUGGGUCUUCUUUUUUGAUAAAAGAAGUUUAUAUCUUUGGCUUCAAUUUGCCCCCUUUCUAAUUUUCACCUUGUUGGGUUGGUUCUUAAUAUCAGUGCCUCUUCUGAAGCACAGAAUCUGAAAGAGGGGUUUCAGAGGGAUUUCCAAUUCUUUUCUUUUUUGAUAAUCUCUCUCUCUCUCUAGAAAGUGACAGGAGAAAGAUCUCUUCCUCUUGUUAGAGAGGGUUCUUGAGGGUUUUUUUUCCCAGCUGAGUGGUGAAAAUGGUGGCUAUGAGGAACAUUGUGCUUUUGUUGCUUUGCAUCACUGUUGUUGCUCCAAUUGUUCUCUAUACCGAUCGUCUUGGCACCUACAAGUCACCAUCCACCAAGGAAGAGUUUAUUGAAGAUGUUACUGCUUUUGUAGGUGCAGGUGACUCUGGCCAUUUGAAUCUGCUUCCUCAGGAAACUUCAACAGCUCUUAAAGAGCCUAUUGGGGUUGUAUACACUGAGGACUUAACCGAAACAAAGAAUUUGCCUCGAGAGAGGCCGAUGGUGGUUGAAUCAAGGGAACAUGUGUCGGCACGGGUGCUGUCAACUACAACUGAGGAAGAUCAAGGUAGAAAGGAGAGCCUCAUUAGACUGGUGACUGACAAGCAAGGGAAUGAAGGGAACACCUUGGAGAAAGCUGAUGGCGGUGGGGGCGAAAAUGUAAACAGCGAAGAUGCUAUUGAUGUUGAUGACAGUGAUGCAAAGCUCACUAAAUCAGAUCGUGCUUCUGAUCGCGAGUCUCAAGUUAAGGAUAUUAAACAGGAGCCGCAAGCAACUAUCGCCUCCAGCAACAUAAACAAGAAAAUUCUCUCAGGGGAAACCAAUAAGCAGAAAGAACAAAUGCCACCAGAUGCUAAGGUACAGCAACUCAAAGAUCAACUCAUCCAGGCUAAAAUCUUUCUUUCCUUGCCAGUAGUAAAAAGCAACUCCCAUCUUACACGGGAACUACGACUACGGGUAAAGGAAGUUUCACGAACACUUGGAGAUGCAAGCAAAGAUUCUGACUUACCUAGGAAUGCAAAUGAGAGAAUAAAGGCGAUGGAACAAACUUUGUUGAAAGGGAAGCAAGCUCAAGAUGAUUGUGCUGCUGUUGUGAAGAAGCUUCGGGCUAUGAUCCACUCAACAGAGGAGCAGCUCCAUGCACACAAGAAGCAGACUUUGUUCUUAACACAAUUAACAGCAAAAACAUUGCCAAAAGGUCUUCACUGUCUUCCACUGCGCCUUACAACUGAGUAUUAUAGCUUGAAUUCUUCUCAGCAACAGUUCCCCAAUCAAGAGAAGUUAGAAGACCCUCGACUAUACCAUUAUGCAAUAUUCUCAGACAACAUAUUGGCUGCGGCUGUUGUUGUGAAUUCAACUGCUAUUAAUGCUAAGGACACCUCAAAGCAUGUUUUUCACAUUGUUACCGACAGACUCAAUUAUGCAGCAAUGAGGAUGUGGUUUUUGGCAAAUCCACCCGGCAAUGCAACCAUUCAGGUUCAGAACAUUGAAGAUUUUACAUGGUUGAAUGCAAGUUAUAGUCCUGUUCUUAGACAGUUGGGCUCUCCAUCCAUGAUUGAUUAUUACUUCAAGACUCACCGAGCAACUUCUGAUUCAAACCUGAAGUUUAGAAAUCCAAAAUAUUUAUCUAUCUUGAAUCAUCUCCGUUUCUACCUGCCUGAGAUCUUUCCAAAGCUCAACAAGGUGCUGUUCUUGGAUGAUGAUAUAGUUGUGAAGAAGGAUCUGACUGGUCUUUGGGCAGUUGAUCUGAAAGGCAAUGUAAAUGGUGCUGUAGAAACUUGUGGAGAAAGUUUUCAUCGAUUUGAUCGUUAUCUUAACUUCUCCCAUCCUCUUAUCGCAAAGAAUUUUGACCCGCGUGCUUGUGGGUGGGCAUAUGGUAUGAAUAUAUUUGAUUUAGCCGAAUGGAAGAGGCAAAACAUCACAGAGGUGUACCACAACUGGCAGAAUCUGAAUCAUGAUAGACAGCUGUGGAAGUUAGGAACACUGCCACCGGGUCUCAUAACAUUCUGGAAACGAACUUUCCCGCUGAACCGAUCUUGGCAUGUCCUGGGUCUCGGCUACAACCCCAAUGUCAACCAAAGAGAUAUUGAUCGCGCUGCCGUUAUCCACUACAAUGGCAACUUGAAGCCAUGGCUUGAGAUAAGUAUUCCCAAGUUCCGAAGUCAUUGGACAAAGUAUGUCGAUUAUGAUCAUGUGUAUUUGCGAGAAUGCAACAUCAACCCAUAGAGAUGUGUCUUCUUGGUACAUUAAACCACUGAUUGAAGUUUUCUUGGCACUAGCCAUGCCGCAAUGCACCGCAUAGGUCUGCAAUUUCAUGUGUAGGGCUUCUAAUUUUUUGUUAAAGCUUUACAAUUCUUUUUGUAUUGGUUUUCCCUGUUUUAUGUCAGUAUUUUUUGGAUUUGGUCAUAGUAGAGAUUAAGAGUAAAACCAUUGAACCUUGAUCACUUACCAGCAGAGAUGCUAACUGUACUUGUAAAUGAAAAUAGCUAUUUUUAAGUUCUCUCCUCUUUGCCUCUUUGUUGUAGCUUGUACCCUACCAUUUCCCUAAACAGUUCCUUUGUCUUGUAGUUGUACAAUUCCUUGUUCUUUUAUUGAAGUUGACACUCUUUUCAAUACCCUUAAUGGAAUUAAUCAUUUUUUAA